GGUUUGCUGUUCUUGGACCUGGAGCCACUGAGACUGUGCUCUGCGCCGCUGGUGCUGCAUCUGGCCAUUCAGGACAUCCAGCCGUUCAGUGUGUUGGUGUCAUGGCAGAGCAGGAACCACACUGGUCUCCAUGGAUACAGGGUGGCUUAUCAUGCUGUUGGACAAAAUCAGGCUGUCCGAGGCAAAAUGCUAGACCGGGGAGCGAGGUCUGUCAAGUUGGUUCGCCUGAGCCCGGCCACCCGCUACCUCAUCUGUGUGCUGGGCCUCGGCUCGUGGGCCGAUCGCAUGCAACACGUCGACACGCAUGCGCACAACACACACACGACACUCAUCAGCUGACGGCACUGGCUGACUCGCAGACUAGCCGAUGCACUGAGGUGAAAACCCUAGAGGGUGAUAGUGAGGAGAGUGCAGGUCGUGGGGGUGGCUCGAUCCUGACCCGUCGCCUGGGGUUGAUCGUCGGUUCAGCCAUGGGCUUCGUCGUUUUUGUCGUCCUGGUCUCCGUCCUCGGCUACUUGAAGAUCAAGAAACAGCGUCAGGUAGCAAGCAAGCGCGACCAACCCUUGCCACAAGAAUACAUCUCCUACAGACAUUUUUCGUUAGCAGGAGUCGAACCCGGAACCACAGCCUCGCUCAACUGUUAACUGCUGAGAUCUCUCUCUGAGAUCACCGAUCUCUCUCUUAGAUCUAUAAGAUCUAUGAUCAUGAGCUGCAACAGAGAAACAGCUCUAUCACAUAUCUACUCAUUUUCAAAUGCCAAAGAACUAUUAUCAAAAAUGUGAAAUAACCUGUUAAAAUCUUGUGAAUCUUGGAGUUGAAUCAAGGGUUAAUCUUGGAUUUAUCAAGGGUUAAUCUUGGAUUUAUCAAGGGUUAAAUCUUGUAAUCAAAAUAUGAGAGGGUGACAUCUACUUACUUUGGAAAGCUAGAAAACAAUUAAAUGUUGAAUAAACUGUUGAAAAUCUUGUAAAAUCUUUUUAUAAAAAUAUGGGAGGGUGGAUAAUAUAAUAUGUUCUAUAUAAUUGAGACCAAAUUCAAACUGUCAGUAUUGAUUGAAUGGGAAGUAUUGAUGUUAUUCAUAAGGAAUGCUGACAGUUUGAAUUGGAUUUCUCUGUUAGUCACAGCAAAUAUUAUCAAAGAUUGAAUUUUUGUAUUUUUUGUAGAACAAAGCACGAUUUAAGUUGAUUUGAUCACCAAGAUUUGAUUUCUUUCAACGAUUUUCAACGUAAAUUCAUUGAAGUUUUUGUUAGAUGACUGGAUUUUGGGAAGAAUUUAUCUUACCUUUACAAACUAGGGUGAAAAAUUUAUCAAUCCCACAAAAUUUCCAACCACAUUGAAUUUUGUUCGAAAAAGCACAAGACCCAAAUUCUUUGUCAUAUAUUUCAAGCUAGCAAACAUGAUAUUGAAUUAUUCUUUGAAUAAUAUUUGGGAAUGAAGUUCGAAUCCAAACAUCAAUUCGAGCCUCAAAUUUGUAAAUUUGUAUAUCAUCUCACAGUUUGACGCAAUCACGUUCUGAGAAAAUGUCUUGAAUUGAUGAGUCCUAUUCAUACAAGCUCUACUUGAAUCAAGAAUGAAUAUGUCUUGAAUAAUUGGGGAUUAAAAAUUACUCUCAUUACUUCGAAACAAUAUUACGUUCAAAGAAAAUGUAUUGAAUUGGAAGUGUUGUUCAUGAGCGCCCUACUUGAAUCAGGAAUGAAUAUGACUUAAAUUGGAGAAUAGAAAUUAUUUUAAUCUUGAAUGAAAUGAGCUCCAUUAAUCAAAUAAUGUUCACAGUUUGUUUAAGUUCUGAAGAAUCAUGAAUAGAAAAUUUAAUGUCAAAAUAGAGAUCUUGUUUAUGAUAUACCUACUUGAACCAAGAAUGAGUAUGUCUCUGAUUGGGGAAUAAAAAUUAUUUUAAUUAUAAAUAAAAUGAGAUCUAACAAUCAAAUUUGUUCUCAAUCUUCACAGACCGUUUUUGUCUGGAGAAUCAUGAAUGUGAAUCAAUAGAGAAUUAAAUGUCAAAAAUAGAUCAUAUAUCACCAAUCAUUGUAUUAAAAUCAAUGAAUUUUUAAUAAUAUCGAAAAAUUAAAAACACAGUCCAUGUCUCUAUGUGUUGUUGAAAGUGAUAUAUUGAUAAUACCUCUAAACAAAAUAUUUAAUAUUGCCUUGAAGGCUUCGAUCAUACAUUACUGGAAUAUACUUCAUGAUAAUGAAUAUUUGUUUCAGAGGUAUUGAUUUUAUACAUAAUUGGAAUGAACUAUGAGGCUCGAUCAUACAUUAUUGGAAUAAACUUCAUAAUAAUGAAUAUUUGUUUCGGAGGUAUUGAUUUUAUACAUAACUGGAAUGAACUAUAUAAGGCUGUGCGUACACCGGUUAGUCAACACAAGACAUGAUCAGACACGUUUAGUCACAAUAUUUCAAAUAGUUGCUUAUGAAGACAUGUCUAAUUGCAAUGACUAAUCAGUGUGAGUAGCGUCAUAAACAACAAUGUGAAAUAUUGUGACUAAACGUGUCUGAUCAUGUCUUGUCUUGUCUUGACUAACUGAUGUGUGCCUAGCCUUAGUUUCAUUAGUAUUGUUUAUCAUACAGAAAGCCUCCAGCGAUUUGGUUUGAGCAUAAAUCUAUUUUUAUAAUCUAGUAUUGACUAUUAUGAAUCUUGAGACAAGCAUACGUGUACGUUGUUAAAUCUCUCAAUUUGGAAAAAGUUGCAUGUCUCAAAAUUCUAUGAUGAUAUUCACUUGAAACUGUCGGAUUCAGUUAGUUUAAUGUGAAGCAUUAAAGAUACCUAUGAAGACAGUUACACAUAGAUCGAUUUUUGGACGUACGAUUUUUUGCCGUACUUAUAAAUUCUAUGAGAUUGAAUGGAACUUGACAAACACGUCAUGAUCACAUUUGUUUGAAAAGUUAUGUUCAAUCUAAUAGAAUUUAUAAGGACGGUAAAAAAUCGUACGUCAAAAAAUCGAUGAGUGUGUAACUAGACUUAGUUCAAAUGCUGAUAGUUCAAAGUGAGUCUUCUUAUAGAAGGAAAAUCUCGAAUAAGUCUUAAUCCACUUCUCAAAUUUUAUUCAGAAUUAUGUUUAAAAUACAUGAAUUUUUCUCACAAGAUCUACCAUAUUAUCAUGGGAAAUACUUCAAUAAAAGGUUGUUUUUCAUGUAUUUAAUGGAGUUAACACAUUUUUCAUAUUUUAAUGGGUGUAAGGUGAUGGAAGUUCGAAGAAAACCUGAGAAAAAUCAAAGAAAACCCAGCUCAAAUCUAGCUAUUGUCAAACAAUGCACUGAUUAAUUGCAUUCGUCAACUAAUGUUAAUUAUUAUUGACUUUUGUCAUGGACUAAUCGUAAAUAGUUUGCAGUUAUUUAAAAUAUAUGAAUAAAUAUAUAUGAAUUACGUUGUUAACAAGAGAAAACUUUAAUAAAACAAGUCUUAACUUUUGUUA